CAACCGUGCGGGGUGAUGAAAAGCUUCAGCUGCAUCGCCAUCUAUCAACAUUUAUUUCUUGGCUUCUUGUAUCUUUCAUUUAUUUCUCAAUCAUGGCACCUCCUUUUCGCGCAGAACAGAUUGGCUCUCUACUACGCCCAGAAGAACUUCUCAAAGCUAGAGCUUCUUCUGAUCUAUCGAAAUCCUAUGUCCCCGUCCUCCCAGAGGAAGUGAAGCGUAUCACUUGCGAAGCAAUAGCUUCAGCGGUCCAGAAACAGGAAUCUCUUUCCAUCCGCCCCUUUACCUCUGGUGAAUAUGAGCGCCAUAUAUUCUAUGGCGGAUUCUUUGAGAAUCUCGAAGGCAUGGAAAUCAUGCCCGAGUUACCCAUUCCGAGUGGCUUUCGAACGGAUUUUCCCACUGUCUUGACUUUGCAGCAACUAGGAGUAAAGUUUAGGCCUGGCGUGGUUGCCACGGGUAAGAUUAGGCAUGUGAAGAGUGUCUAUGGCGAAGAGUGGGAGGUACUGAAGGGACUAUUGCCGGAAAGUAAAUGGAAGGAGUGUAAAUUAACAAUGCCAUCUCCUACAUGGCAGCAUAUGCAACUCGCAAAAGGAACAGCCUACACCCCCUCCGCAUACACAACAGACGAAUCCUACUUCACCGACCUCACAGCCGCCUACCGCGCCGAAUUCCACUCCCUCUACACCUCCGGCCUCCGCUCAAUCCAAAUCGACGACCCAAACCUAACCUUCUUCCUCACCGAAUCCUUCCUCUCAGGCUGCACAACCGAUAACAUCGACCCCUCCGCCCUCCUGACCCUCUACAUCGCAGCCCAUAACUCCAUCCUCGCUUCCCGACCUAAAGAUCUCCAUGUAGGCAUCCACCUCUGCAGAGGAAACAUGAAAGACAGCACGCACGUCAUGAGCGGUUCUUACGAGGGGAUCGCGAAAAGGUUGUUCACGGAAUUGGAGUACGAUACUUUUUACCUGGAAUACGACUCUGAGCGUGCUGGGGAUUUUGAGCCAUUGAGACACCUGCCGAUCGGCAAGAAUGUGGUGUUAGGCGUGGUGAGUAGUAAGGAGACGGAGUUGGAGGAUUUGGGGGACUUGGAGAAGAGGGUUUGGGAGGCGGCGGGUGUGAUUGCGAGGGGGCAGGGGAGGAGUAGGGAAGUGGUGGUGAGGGAGGUGUUGGGUGUUAGUCCGCAGUGUGGGUUUGCGAGUAUGAGUCAGGGGGGUGGGAAGGGGAUGGGGAUGGAGAGGAUGUGGGAGAAGUUGGUUCUUGUGAGGGAUUUGGCGAGGAGGAUUUGGGGUGAGGAGGCGGUUUAG